AAAUAUUAUUUUCCUCUUGGAGGUUAUAGGUACUGCUAUGGGAGAUCGUAGCAGUGGAAGGUAUUUUGGUGAUGCCAAACCUCGUGGGAGGUUGGCUCAGGCCAUGAAUCAAGGAUCAGGUAGCAAUUGGAGAGGAAACAAUGGAGGUUGGCAAAAUGCUGGAAGUGGUGGACAAUGUACAAGCAAUGAUACAAAUUGGCGUGGCCCUGGAGGGAAUACAAGAGGGCAUGGAUCUCAGCCCAGGAUGUCUGCUCCCCCUGUUGUAGAAGAAGAUUGGGAUGCUGACAUUCAAGAAGAUCAAUAUUCAAGCUCAACAAAGCAAACCCAAUGUCUUCCUCCAGAAGCUCAUCAAAUUGACUCAUGGGAGGGGAGAACUCAAGAUGAUUCUUGGGGUAAGCAAGACCAACAGCAUGUCCAAGCUUCCUGGGAUAACUGGGACCAACAACAUGGUGGUGAUGCCAGCUGCCCAGAAGUUGAGAGAUCAGGCAUGAGGCAGGAUGGUGGAAGAGGUAGAAAUGGAGGUUUCUCUUCUGGAAGGAAGACAAAUGAGCAGAGCUCUUCCUCAACUAUUGAAGUUCCUUCCUAUGCAAUAGGAAGAAUCAUUGGAAAGAAAGGUGCAAAAAUCAGAGAGCUUGAAGAAGAGAGUGGUGCUCGUAUCAAGGUUGAGGAAGAAGAAAAUUCUGGGCAAAAAGUGGUGAAGUUGCAUGGGGAUGCUGAUGCCUUAUCUAAGGCAAAAAUGCUGAUCCAGGACAUUGUUUCCUCAGCCUCUGAUAGGGGGAGAGGUCCAAACCAGAGGGACCAGUAUCAACCACCAAGGCAAAAUUGUUCUGAUUCCCACUCAGGAUUUCAGCAACAAUCAAGUUAUGCUUUUUCUGACUUGCAACAACACGGUAGUUGUCCUCAGAAUGAGGAAAAGGAAUCUUCUGUGACUGAAGACUCUUCUCCAUUUACCAUCGAUUGGGAUGCUUUCCGGACCAAUUCUAUUUUUGAUCGGAGGAAGAAAUGGAAGAAUUUUCCUGAGAUUAAAAAGGAUUUCUACCAUGAAGAUCCCACUGUUGCUGCAUUAUCAGAUGAAGAUAUUGAGCGAAUCCGGGAGGAGAAUAACAACAUAGUGGUGAAACUUAUCCAAGAGGGAGAUGAGAAGGUAAUCCCAAAUCCUGUUUGGACUUUUGAGCAAGCCUUCUCUCACUAUCCAGAUAUUCUUGAGGAGAUAUACAAGCAGAGGUUUGAGAAGCCUUCUCCCAUCCAGUGUCAGGCUUGGCCUGUCCUCCUGAAAGGCUAUGAUCUUAUUGGAAUUGCACAGACAGGGACAGGAAAGACAUUAGCAUUUCUUUUGCCUGCUCUGAUCCACAUUGAUUCUCAACCCAUCCCAAGAGAGAAACGUGAGGGUCCCAGCUGCCUGAUUCUUGCACCCACCAGGGAAUUGGCACUGCAGAUUGAAGGAGAGGUGAAGAAGUAUAAUUAUCAUGAUCGUAUGCUGGACAUGGGCUUUGAGCCUCAGAUUCGCAAGAUCCUGCUGGAUAUUCAUCCAGAUGCCCAACGUAUCAUGACCAGUGCCACUUGGCCUGAAGGAGUCCGACGACUGGCUGGGAAUUACGUGGAGGCUCCUAUUCAAGUUUUCAUUGGGACACUUGAUUUGCGAGCUGUUGAGUCAGUCUUCCAGCUUAUUGAAAUUUUGACCACAGAGGAGAAGUUUGAUAGGUUAUGUGAAUUGCUGGGAGCUUUAUCACCUGAGGACAAGGCACUGGUGUUUGUUGGCAAGAAAGCAACUGCAGCACACAUUUGCACAGAGCUGCUGUUCAAGGGUCUAAAUGUAUCCAGCAUCCAUGGGGACCAUGAACAGAGUGACCGGGAACAAACACUGCAGGAUUUUCGAGAUGGGUCCAUUCAGAUACUGAUUGGGACUGAUCUUGUGAGCCGAGGAAUUGAUGUCCUGGACAUAACGCACAUCAUUAAUUAUGACUUCCCACGCGAUAUUGAGGAGUAUGUCCAUCGGGUUGGAAGGACAGGUCGUGCUGGACGAACCGGUGUUGCGCUGUCACUCUUCACUCGGGAAGAUUGGCGCCAAGCAGCUCCCCUCAUUAAGAUCCUUGAGAAGGCGCAGCAGGAAGUUCCAGACGAGUUGCAUGAUAUGGCAGAACGGUUCCGCAAGUUUCUGGAGCGACGAGAAGCCGAGCACCGACCCUAUCGUGGUCGAGACCGGUAUCGCAACUAAGCUUAUCUCUCUCCCUUUGAUCUCCAUUGUGCCAAAAAAAAAAUACUGUUUCGAAUUGCUGCUGCUUGCUAUUCAAUGAAAUUCUCUUUGUUUUGUUUUGUUCUUUUGCACUUGAGAUCUUGUCAAGUUCACGUUGAAGGAAAUACACCAGAGGUUGCAAUAAGGAGAUGUGAUUAAGAUAUUGAGGUGAUUCCAGUCCAUGAUAUAUGCCAGAAUGAUUGAAUAAACGAAGCUGGUAUAUAUGAA